GCAAUUAUACAAUAUACAAUGCAAAUUGUUGCCACCAAAAUGAUCACAACGAACAAUCGCCAUAAGUGCAAGUGAAAACAAUUGAAUGCAAUGUGCAGAACAUGCUAAGCAAUGUUAUUCUAUGAGUUUUUGAACAAAGCAGCAGUGAAAAUUGUACAGCCGCCAUUUUUUUAACAAGCCACCGCGAAUGCAAUGAAUAAAGGCGCAAAACUCGAUCACAUUAGUUAUUUUUUGAUCGUUUAUUCCGACUGCAUAAAUUAAAGUCAAAAGUGAAAAGCUACGAGCUGCGAAAAAAGAUCAAAACAUAACCGCGCCCUCGAGUCGAAAUAUGAGCAGUGGGCAAAAUGAGACAGCAAGAGCAGCAAAGGUUUUGGAAACGCAAUGUAUACAAGAAUCCGGCAGUGAAAAUGAGAAUUAUCAACAGGAAACUGACUCUAUUACGGACCAAUCGAGUAAAUCCUCAGCGGCGCAACAGCAACAUGAAAAGUCAACGAAGACAGCCACACAAUUUAGCGUGCAAAGUUCCGAUACCGAUGGGCUGCGCAUGAGAAUAUCCGCUAUACGUCCGCCCACAAGCACCACUUCGGGAGUGGCAACAACUACAUCAACGACAACGAGUCUGAGCACAAACCAUAGCAAACUUUCAGAGUUAAAAUCUUCAUUAAAGGCCCGCAAAAUGUCUGCGUCUUUGGCACUGCCUACAUCGGCAUUAGCCCAUUUUAGCGAUGCCACAGAAUCGGGCUGCUCAGAGGCAACAACAACAACUAUUGCCCAUGGGAUCAAGGACAAGACUACAAAUGCUACAACAACGGGUACAACAGCAACCAAGAAGAUUAAAGUGAAGCGCAAGAAAAUUGCACAAAAGAACAAUAACAGCAAUAACACUAACAACAACAAUAAUAAUAGCAGUUGCACUGGCCAUAGCAAACAAGUUUCGAAAAAACCGCGUCUGCAAUCGGCAUUCUCUUCGGAUUCGGAAGACGAUUUGCCACUUAAAAUACAUCAACAGAGAGCUCCUCGCCUGUUACUCACCGCCAUUGGCCAUGCCAGCAGUAGUUCCUUCCUGCAAGUUUCAAACGCGCCAGGAAGUGAUAAUAUUGGUAACUCUUCAAGUGACAACGAACUGCCCAAUCUAGUCAAGGCGGCCAUUAAGCGAGUUGAGAGCGACACGGAGGACACAACAGUAGAGGGUAGCUUUCGCAAAGCGGCCAAAACGAAGCAGCUUCCCCAAUAUCAGUCCACCUUGCUCCAAGACUUUAUGGAAAAGACACAAAUGCUCGGCAAAACUGCUGCUUGUGCAGCGACAGCAGCACAAUCGUCUCCAGCAUUGGGCAGUUCACAAUCGGACAGCAUGGCUUCAAGCAUAAGUCGCAAGCGACGAGGACGGCCAAAGAAGCAACUCAGCACAGCAGUAGAAACAGCUUUAGCUAUUGUGCCUAUUAAUGAAUCUGCAGACUCGGGUGUAAUCUCAACCACUAGCACUACACAGAGCACAACGCCCUCACCAAAAAUGCAAGUGAGCAACAACAACAACGAGAAUCUUUUGCCAACUUCAGCCAAGCCGAAAAUCGACAUGGCCUAUCUGGACAAGCGAAUGUAUGCGACAGAACGAGUUCUUUACCCACCGCCACGCAACAAACGGCGCCAGGGCAACAAGAAAUCGCAAAAGGAGGAACUGCAACUGGAUCCAGUCUGGCGGGAGAUCGAUGUUAACAAAAAGUUUCGCCUGCGAAGUGUGAGCGGCUACAAAAGUGAUGGUGGAGGUACUGGCGGUGGAAUAACCACAACCAUAUGCAGCAAAAUACUGGCCGCCAAGAGCGGUUAUGUGUCAGACUACGGAAGUGUCCGACAUCAGAGAAGCACGAAUGCGCACAACUCGGGGUAUAAGAGCGACGCAAGCUGCAAAAGCCGCUUCAGCGUCAAGAGUUGCAUGAGUCGGCGUAGUCGCGCCAAGAGCUGUGGCUAUCGCAGUGAUUGCAAGGAAAGUGGCAAGUUGGGAGGUGGCAAGCUGCGGCGCAGGCGUCGUGCGUCCAUGCUACUGAAAGGCAACGCAGCUACCGCCAACUCUGGGAUUACGACCAACCCAAGCGACGAGCAGGACAUUCUGCAGCUAGCUGGGUUGUCCCUAGGCCAAAGCAGUGAGGAGAGCAAUGAAUACAUUAGUAAGCCUAGCCUUCAAAAUUUGCCCACGACUAGUGCAAGCAAAAAGUAUGGGGAGAUAAAUCGCUAUGUGACCACCGGGCAGUAUUUCGGACGUGGCGAUGUGGUUGCGGGGGCAAGCAGCACACAUAAUCCGGAUACUUUUAUCAACAAGAUGCUAUUGCAACGUAAGCAUUCCAUUGGCCGUGAGGGCGGCAAGCCAAGUCCGCCCGCCGUAGGGAAAAUUAAGAGUCGGCGGUCGUCCGCAGCCAGUAUGUGCAGCUCCUAUAUCUCGGGUACAUCACGUAUGCGUCGCAGGCAUCGACGUAAGAGUCUGUGCUUGUCGCGCAGCAGUACCAAGAUGCUGAAUAUUGAUUCAAAACUACUCACCGAGAUCGACAUUAUCACGAGCACUUUCCACACACGCUGUCGUAUACAGGACGAUCGAUUGACCGCCAGUAGCGGCAAGGAGAAGCUAAUGGCGGAGGCUAACAAGCUUCAGCAGACGCUGGCGGGCCCGCUACAACCACUACUUAGCGGUGGUAGUUCCACGGGAACAGGAUCUACAAAUAAUGUGGGCAAUGGCAAGCCGCUGAAACGAGCGCUUAAGAAACGCAAAUUGAGUGAGCCUCUUGUAGAUUUUGCUAUGCUCUCUGCUGGAGUUAAUGCGAGCGCUAGUGCUAGCAAGCGACGGCACAAAAAAUCCGCCGGCACAAGCUCCAGCCCCGACGAUCAUAAGCUGCCGCUCAAGAAGCGUCACUACUUACUGACACCUGGAGAACGUCCGCCUGCUGAUGUAGCUGCAGCCUUUGCAGCAGGUAAUAGCAAGCUGAAUGCGGAAGCUUGGGCAGCAGCUGCGGCGACUGCAAAGAGCACCGCUUCUACCAAAUCUCAGGCGCAGUUUAAUGCUCGCGCCGCCAACUGCAAAUCAGCACUGACGCCUAAAAAGCGCCAUCUCCUCGAGUCCUCUAGCCGGGGUGAAAACUCUUGCAGUAGCAGCUCACCUCUACGUAUUGUUGUGGACACCAAUUCCAUCAGUGGCGGCAAACUGUUGGACAUUAGUCCAAGCUCCCUCUGCUCACUGAAGCAACAGAGACGACAAAGGGUGGAAGUGAAUAAGCAGAAGAGCAGCGCACAGCAGCCAAUCACAGCGAUGCUGCAGUCCCCUGCAUCAUAUCCGCCGCCGGGUAUCUUUGAACCCUCUGUGGAGCUGGAAAUUCAAAUACCUAUGGCUAAGCUUAAUGAGUCUGUUAUCACCAAGGCUGAAGUGAGCUCGCCGUUGCUAACGCUGGACAUUAAUGAGGACCCAAAGAAGGAGCAGUGCACGCGCGUUGUAGAGUCGCUGCUACACAAAACUGGCGGACAUGUGCUACUCAAGCGUAAGCGAAAAAAAAUCAAUCGAACUGGGUUUCCUACAGUGCGUCGCAAAAAGCGUAAGGUGAGCGAUGCUACAACAUUGCCGGAACAAGGACAAUUGGAUAAGGAGGAAACCGAGCAGCAGCCAGCGCCGCAACAGGAGAAAAUAUCACGCGAGACAAGAAGCAGCACGGCAUUAAUUGGAGCAAUGGACUGUGAGCGCGUGCCAUUGACAGGCGAGGCAAGAGAGACUUUUGUUGCGCGCAGCAAUCAACGGACGCCCAGACUCUCCGUGGUGGCGCUGGAACGGCUGCAGGGUUCUCCGAGACCAACCACGCCCGCCAAAUCUAAAACCGGAAAGACGCAACCACAAAUGGCAUUGGAACUAAGAAGCAAUUCCCUCAAGCGAAAAGGACGAAAGCCAGAUGUGGUAUCGGUUCCUGGUCCCAGUUCCAACGUUAAGCCAAAGAUGCGUGGUCGUCCGAAGGCAACGCAACUUAAUGAAAAACCAGCACAAAUAGCUCCCAAAGCAAACAAUAAGUUUCAAACCAACAUUAAGCUGCCGGCCGGUGUAGAUCCUAACACGAAUUUCAGCUGCAAAAUCCGCUUAAAGCGGCGUAAAACCUUGAUCAAACCAUUAGAUACAAAGGAAUCGUCUGAACAGGUUGACGAGCCGCCCAGUACAGCAGAAGAGAUUGAUAAAGAGGCAGCUGCCAAAUACAGUGGACACUUGCCUACGGAACAUGAGCCGCUACCUUUAAGCGAGGCACUGAGACCAAAUCAGGAGGAAGCCAGCUGCGAUGACACCAGCGACGAGAAAUCCUCUAAUGCGUCUAAUAUCACAACAGUAACGGCGGCCCGAAAACUAAAUCGCCUAAAAAAAAAUUAUUUGGUGGCUGGUUUGUUUUCCAACUAUUACAAACAGUCCCAAAUGCCACCGCCUCCGAAACUUUCCAAGAAGAUACCAGGUCAGUUGGAGGAGCUUCAACCAAACAACACCUCCUUAUUACCGCCGCCCCCCUAUUGCGAACGCUACCAUCGACGAACUCAGAUUGACUUUGAACUGCCUUACGACAUCUGGUGGGCCUACACAAAUGCCAAGUUGCCCACGCGACAAGUGGUGCCGUCGUGGAACUACCGUAAGAUACGCACCAACGUCUAUGCUGAAUCGGUGCGACCAAAUCUCGCUGGCUUCGACCAUCCCACGUGUAACUGCAAGCCGGAUGCUGCUUGCAUGGACAAUUGCCUCAACCGCAUGGUAUACACAGAAUGCUCUCCCAGCAAUUGUCCCGCAGGUGACAAGUGUCGCAACCAGAAAAUUCAGAAGCACGAAGUCGCUCCGGGUGUCGAGCGUUUCAUGACCGCCGACAAGGGUUGGGGUGUACGUACCAAGCUGCACAUACCCAAGGGCACCUACAUCCUGGAAUACGUCGGUGAGGUAGUCACGGAACGCGAGUUCAAAGAGCGCAUGGGAACAAUUUAUUUAAACGACACGCAUCACUACUGUCUGCAUCUGGAUGGCGGUCUGGUGAUCGAUGGUCAGCGCAUGGGUAGUGAUUGUCGGUUCGUAAAUCAUUCGUGCGAGCCGAACUGCGAGAUGCAAAAAUGGAGCGUCAAUGGUUUGUCGCGCAUGGUGCUAUUUGCCAAGCGGCCCAUUGAGCAGGGUGAGGAGCUGACGUACGAUUACAACUUCUCGUUAUUCAAUCCCUCCGAGGGCCAGCCAUGCCGCUGCAAUACACCGCAAUGUCGUGGUGUAAUUGGUGGAAAGUCGCAGCGAGUGAAGCCACUGCCGGUGGAAAUCAAGCCGGUAGAAAGCACGUCCCCAAAUACCUCCAAGGAUGCGCGCAACGGACGUCAACGGAAGCACAAGGCACGAAAACAUGCCCAACGACAGCCAACAAAGGAGGUGGCCGUAGCGCGUGUACAACAGCUGUCCGAAAAGGAGAAAAAGCUAGUAAAGCAGUGUAACAUCUUUUUGGUUCGCAACUUUGAAAAAAUACGCCGUUGCAAAGCAAAACGUGCAGCGAAGGCGCCAGUUUCGACUGAUGGAACCGUCUCUGAAAGGCGACCCUCCACUCCCUCCUCCUCCGUAACAUUGGCUGCACAAAUAUCUGCGCUCUGUACACCUCGCAACAUUAAAACGCGUGGCCUCACACACGCUGUGCAGGAUCCUGAGGUUGAGAAAAUGGCAAAAAUGGCCGUUUUGUUGCGUGACAUUUGCAAUGCGCUGGAGGCGCUCAAGAUGUCCGAGUUGCUCAGCUCAGUGGCGACAAGUAAAAAGAAAAAGGCAUUGAAAAGCGUAGCCAAAGUCGGACCGCGUGUGGAAUUCAAGACCAUACAGGCACAAGUAGAACAGGGCCACUAUAAGACACCGCAGGAAUAUGACGAACAAAUGUUGCAGCUCUUUGCCGAUGCACGCCAGACCCACAGUGAGGAUGAGGGCAAGGCGAAAGCUCUGGAAACGUUGCUCGAGUGCUAUGAACAGCAGAAGCAUUCAAGUUAUGCCCAGCUUCUGGACAUACUGGGUGAGGCGCAAGCGUUGCAGAGCUUUAAACCCAAGCAGGCAGAUGUUGUCAAAUUGGCGGAACCGCAAGAGCCAGCACUGAAGAAUGUUGCAGGGGAGGGAGAAGUGGAGGUGCCUGCUCAAACACCACCGCGACCAGCUGCUACUUUGAACGAUGACAACGAAGAGGACGUCAUACGAUGCAUUUGUGGCCUCUACAAGGACGAGGGACUCAUGAUACAAUGCGCAAAGUGCAUGGUCUGGCAGCACACAGAGUGCACCAAGGCAGAUAUCGAUGCGGACAACUAUCAGUGCGAGCGGUGCGAGCCCCGUCAAGUUGAUCGCGAAAUUCCGCUGGAGGAAUUCACCGAAGAGGGUCACCGCUACUACUUGUCGCUGAUGCGCGGCGACCUCCAGGUUCGUCAGGGCGAUGCUGUCUACGUGUUGCGCGACAUACCGAUUAAGGAUGAGCAAGGUAAAGUGGUGCCCAGUCAGAAGCACACCUAUGAAACCAUUGGGGCUAUUGACUAUCAGGAGUGUGAUAUCUUUCGCGUUGAGCAUCUGUGGAAAAACGAUGCUGGCAAACGCUUUAUAUUUGGGCACCAUUUUCUGCGGCCGCACGAAACUUUUCACGAGCCCUCGCGUCGGUUCUACCCCAAUGAGGUGGUGCGCGUCUCGCUGUAUGAAGUGGUGCCGAUUGAGCUGGUCAUUGGACGCUGUUGGGUGCUGGAUCGCACCACAUUCUGCAAGGGACGGCCUAUGGAGUGCACGGACGAGGAUCAUUGCUAUAUAUGUGAGUUGCGCGUUGACAAGACGGCGCGGUUUUUCUCCAAGGCAAAAGCCAACUAUCCGACAUGCACUAAGAGCUAUGCGUUCCGAAAGUUCCCUGAGAAGCUGAAAAUCUCAAAAAGCUAUGCGCCACACGAUGUGGAUUCCUCACUGUUGAAAACGAAAAAGCAAAAGACUGAUAACGAAGUAGGAACUCUCUCUUCACUGAAAUUAAAGCCGCGACUUGAGCAGAAAACGGGGCAAACUGCAAAUCAAUGCAGUGGAAGCGUUGGCGGUGGUACACGGAAGCCCCGCACAGCCAAUAGCGUAGUAGCAACGACGUCGCCAGCUGUACACAUCAUUGCCCCGGCUGUGCCUAAUGUGCAGCUUGUUAAGAAAAAACGCAUGCGCUUGGAGAAUAUCUUGAUUACAAUGAAACUCAAAUGCCUGGAUGCACAAACGGCACAGGAGCAGCCCAUCGACUUGUCGUAUUUGCUGUCUGGACGCGGAGCACGACAACGCAAGACAAACAACAACCAUCUAAAUUCAGCUUCCCCCUCCGCCUAGUGGGCGCUUUUGAACAUCGUUCGCCAAUUACUGCACAUAAAUCUAGGCACUCAAAUACACAUAUACAUACGUGUGAAAGUUAUAUAUUAGCAAUGUACAUAUUACUUAGAGGCAGCACUAUUUAAUACAUACUUAUUAACAUAUAUGAAUAAUACGCGUAGAAUUAGAACGCUUUGAGUUGAAAAGCGAAUAACGGUGAUAGUAGUAAUCCUAGGUUAUAAAUUGUUAUGAACAAAUUUUCAGUGCAUGAGAACUUAUUACAACUUGAUAAUUAUAAGCAAUAAUUUAUGUAUGAGAAAACCCCAAAACACCAACAACGCCCCUUAUAGACAAAUGACUUAUGUAUGUAUGUUUUUAACUCGUUUAAUCUUAUUCUAUUGAUUUUGUUUUACAACAAAAAAUCUAAAAUUAAAUUGUUAUUUUAAAUUAUUA